UCGUAAUAUACUGGAUUUCUCCAUAGUUUGUGUCUAAGAUUUACUCAAAUGGAUACACCCGGGGAAUCGAUAAACAAAGAGAGGAUGCAGGCUGCAGCGAACUUUAAAGCUUUCAUGAUGAAAAACAGCACAAAAACAAACCUCAAUCUUUAUGACCACCUUGCACGAUUGUUAAUCAAAAUUAUGGAUGAGCGUCCAGAGAACGCAGUGGAUGUGAUAGAGGACAUGAGUCGUGACCUGAAAGGAAGUAUCCUAAAGGAGAUGCAGGACACUUUGCGUGAUAUUCCGUCCUCAUCUGCAGCUCUGUUACUGGCCGAGCAGCAGAAGACUCUUUUCUCACGUGGGGCAGGUGAUGAUGGGGAUCACGAGGAAGAGCUGGUGGAGUCACCUUUACCGAAUGUUGCAGAACUUGCAUUCUUCUUUGAACAAGCUGGUGUGGGACUAGGGAGAGAGGAGAUGCACAGAGUCUUUCUGGCCUUGAAACAGCUGGUGGACACACAACGUCUCCAGCACUGUCGAUUCUGGGGGAAAAUCCUGGGCACGCAAAGCAACUACCUCGUGGCUGAGGGGGAAUUCAGAGAGGGGGAAGGGGAGGAAGAGGAGGUGACAGAAGAGACACGUGAGGAUGAGGAAAGAGAGGAAGAGGCACAGGAGGAAAAGAAUGAACCACCCCCCAAAUCAACAUACAAGCCACCCCCACCUGUACCAAGGGAAGAAAACCACACUGGUGUGAACAAAUUCACUUAUUUUGUGUGCCAGGAGCCAGGCAUGCCCUGGGUCAGACUGCCGUUAGUCACCCCCGCUCAGAUCACAGUAGCACGGCAGAUCCGCAAGAUCUUCACAGGCAGACUUGAUGCUCCUGUUGUAAGUUAUCCCCCCUUUCCCGGCAAUGAGGCCAACUACCUGCGUGCCCAGAUUGCACGCAUUUCAGCAGGCACGCAUGUCAGCCCUAUGGGAUUCUACCAGUUUGGGGAGGAUGAAGGCGAGGAUGAAGAACUGAGAGACAGCUUUGAGGAGAACCCUGACUUUGAGGGCAUCCAUGUAAACGAGAUGGCAGAGUCACUGAAUUUAUGGGUCCAUCAUGUACAGCAUAUACUUACGCAGGGCCGCUGUGUGUGGGUAAACUUAACUAAGAAGUCUACGGAUGACUUGGAUGAGGAUGCUGAGGAGGAAGAGGGGGAGGAAGAACCUGAUGAACCAGAGCCUGAGGUUGGACCUCCUCUUCUCACACCACUGUCCGAGGAUGAAAAGAUUAAUGACACCCCACCUUGGAGCUCCAUGAUAUCCUCAAACCUCAUUCCUCAGUUUUCCAUUGCUGUGCUACGCUCCAACCUCUGGCCGGGAGCUUAUGCUUAUGCGAGUGGCAAGAAGUUUGGCAACAUAUACAUUGGUUGGGGGUUGAAAUAUAUUGGGGAGGGCUACACCCCACCCAUGCUUUCACCACCCCAGAGUGAGUAUCCCAGUGGCCCAGAAAUCACAGAAGCCCUGGACCCCAGUGUAGAGGAAGAGCAGGCUUUGAAAGAAGCCCUGGAGGAGACGACAGCUGCCCUGGAGGAGACAGAGGGACUGGAAGAAGAUGAAGAAGAUGAUUAAAAUGAAAGAAUUACUGUGCAAUGCACAUUCUUAAAGUUUUAUAUUUACAAUUAAUUUAAAUUGAUAAUAUUAAUUUUUGGGUGAACUAUUUCAUCAUUUACUCACCCUCAUGCCAUUCCAGAUGUGUAUGAUUUUUAGAAGAAUA